UAUGAUUUAAAAACCUUCUUUAGAGAAUAUAUUAAAAUAAAAAUGGAGUGAUAAAUAUGAAAAAUAAAGAAUACUAUUUCGAUCCACUUUAAAAUUCAUUCAUACCAAAUCAAUUUAACCAUUCAAAGGAUAUUUUAAUUUAUAAUUAGUAAUCUUUAUCUAUUCAAUUAGAGAUUGAAAAUAAAGUACCAACUCAAAUAAGAGAUCCUGAAACAGAAUUGAUAGGAGAAUUUAAUGAGAAUGAUAUUAACUUUCUAAAUGUGGAGUAAGAAGAAAUCCUUUUUAGAGUAGAUUUCUCUACUGGGGAAAUUAUAGUUGAUGAUAAUAAUCUUAAUGAAAAUAAUGACAAUCCAAUACUCAUUAAUACUGCCCCAAUUUGUUCAUAUCAUUCAAUUGUUGUUCCAUUCUUAAAUUCUAAAUUUCAAUAACUUCUAAGUGGAUUUAUUGCAGAAAGUGUUUUUAUCCUCUUUAAAAUUUCAUCCUAACCACAUCUAAGAAUAGGAUAUAAUAGGUAUUCCAUAUUUUUAUUUAUUUUAUUUAGUAAAUUAGCCAAUUGUUCUAUAAAUCAUUUACAUUUACAUCUUAUUUAUGUUGAUUAAAUUUUUGAAAAUAAUCGAUUCCCUAUCGAAGAAUUUCCCAUCAAACCCUUAGCUGAUAUACGUAAUGCAACCCUUGGAUAAGUUGAAAACUAUCCUAUUAGAACAUUAGUAGUGACUGGUGAAAACAUCAUUGAAUUGCUAUCUAUUACAAUCGAUACACUUUUGGCUUAUGAAAUACCUCAUAAUAUUAUGUUUGUUAGUCCAUAAUUAGCAUACAUUUUUCCUAGAGUAUUAAUUAUAUUACAUUAUUAUAGAAAAAUCAAUUUGAAUUUAUUCAUGAACAUGGAAUGAAACCGGCAUUUGUUGAACUUAGUGGAUUAAUGGUUUGUAGAACUAAAAAGUAUUAUGAAGAAUUAACUCUUAAAGAAAUUGAAAUCAGAUUAUCUGAAUUAACUCAUCCUCUAUUUGACAAUGUUGUCUAAGAAUUAAUCAUGUUAUCAGCUGAAUGAUAUUGAUAUAAGAGGUAUAAAAUUAAC